AAAAAAAAAAGUAAAAAAAAAAAAGAGGAAAUAUUAAGGAUUAUUCUUUUCCUUUCUCACAAUAAUGCGAGAACUAUGCUGGGAUACCAAAUUACCAAUAUUCUCUCUCACGUGAGUAACACACACAUAAAAAAGAGCAGCAGAGAGAGAGCGAGAGAGGGAAGGAGACAAGAAGAGUGGAGGGUAUGAAAUGUCAGAAGCUGAUUAGUUUAUUCAGUUAAUGGAAGGUGGAACCUCCCAUGACACCCACUUGUAACUGGUUCUUGUUUUUUUCAACUCAGUUUCUGACCCUUUCUUCUCUCAAAUUCAACCUCUUCAAACUCCAAACCCUACAAACUCUACAGCCCCCCACCACCACCACCACCCAAAACUCCAUCGCACCAUGGGCUCCCAAUCUCACCCUCACCCUCAUCUCAAUGGUGACUCCAAUACCCACAUCCCAAAAAAGCCAAAGCUUUCAUCUUUAUCAUCUUCUUUAAUCACUGAAGCUGAAAUCCAAAACGAAUUCAACCACCAUGACCCCACCGUAGCUCGCAUCAACAAUGGUUCCUUUGGCUGUUGCCCUCUCUCCAUUAUCCAGUCCCAGCAAGAACUGCAACUCGAAUUCCUUCGCCAACCUGAUCACUUCUACUUUUCCGAACUCAAACCGGGCAUUCUCAAGUCCCGCAUCCUCAUCCAACGCCUCAUCAAUGCCCACCACCUUGAUGAAAUCUCCAUCGUCGAUAACGCCACCACUGCAGCCGCCAUCGUCCUCCAAAACAUCGCCUGGUCUUUCGCUGAAGGCAAAUUCAAUCAUGGUGAUGUUGCCAUUAUGCUUCACUAUGCUUAUGGUGCUGUGAAAAAGUCCAUUGAGGCCUAUGUCACCCGUGCCGGCGGUCAUGUUAUCGAGGUACAUUUGCCCUUCCCUGUGAAUUCUAAAGAUGAGAUUGUGUUUGAGUUUAGGAAGGCUUUAGAGAAAGGGAAAGAGAACGGUAAGAAAGUGAGGUUAGCUGUGAUUGAUCACAUAACUUCAAUGCCUAGUGUGGUUAUACCUGUUAAGGAAUUGGUUAGGAUUUGUAGGGAGGAAGGUGUGGAUCAAGUUUUUGUGGAUGCAGCUCAUGGAAUUGGGUGUACUGAUGUUGAUAUGCAAGACAUUGGUGCUGAUUUUUACACUAGUAAUUUGCAUAAGUGGCUCUUUUGCCCGCCUUCCAUUGCGUUUUUGUAUUGUAGGAAGUCGCCUGGGUGCAUAGACUUGCACCAUCCGGUUGUGUCUCACGAGUAUGGAAAUGGGUUGGCUGUGGAAAGUGCUUGGAUUGGAACUAGGGACUAUAGUGCUCAGUUGGUGGUUCCUAAGGUGUUUGAUUUUGUCAAUAGGUUUGAGGAUGGUAUUGAGGGGAUCAAGAAGAGGAAUCAUGAUAAUGUUGUGGAGAUGGGGCAGAUGUUGGCAAAAGCGUGGGAGACAAAUCUUGGAUGCCCUCCGGAGAUGUGUGCUAGCAUGAUCAUGGUUGGGUUGCCAGCUUGUUUGGGGAUUUCAAGUGAUUUGGAUACUUUGAAGUUGAGGACACAUUUGAGGGAGAAGUUUGGUGUGGAAGUGCCUAUUUAUUACAGGGCACCAAAAGAUGGGGAGUUUGAUGUGGUAACUGGGUAUGCAAGGAUUUCUUAUCAAGUCUACAACAAAGUUGAGGAUUAUCACAAGUUCCGGGACGCAAUCAACCAGCUUGUUGGUGAUGGGUUCACUUGCGCUCUUCUUUAUAAUUGAAGAGACCUUCCACUUGUUUUAUACCAUCUCUCCUACCAAUGAGAUUUAUACCCUGUCACAACUCACUUCUUACCACAGAAAAGCAAAGCCCCUUUCCGAAAAGGAGACACAUCAAGUACAAAUAGUUUUAAAACCUAUAGAAUACACUUUUUCUAUGAGAUUCACAAAAAUUUGUAUAAUCAUCUUAACCACAAGGGUAAGCAUUGAUAUGGCAACAUCUUUGUGCGUCAUUCUCAUUACUUGCAACUAGACAUUAGUUUGUAAUCAGAGCGGUAAGGAUGCUGUGUUUCAGAUUGCUCGGAGUGCUAUUACUUGAUCUUUGUUAGCUUGUCUAUCUCGAAUAUAAUUUCAAUGUUUCACUUUCUGAAAAUUCUGUGGAUUAGUUGUUGCUGAAAAACGAAGGAAAACAUUAUUAGAACGAAUGAUUAUUUAAAGUCCAGAAUGGUUGAGCAGGAUUCCUUUCCCUUCCCCUGCCCUGUUAAUUCCAUUAUGUGUGUAAUUUGGAAAUCUUUUCAAGCACCAUGAGCAGAUUGUCUCCCUUCACCCCUUUCUUCCCUCCUUUUGAGAUUAAGCACUACUGAUAUCUUUCCAAUUUGCUGUUAUAUUUUGGUCUCACCAAUUUUUGUAAGUCUGAAAACUCAUAACCUACUACUCCUUCUUUAUUAAUCUUA